CCAGCACUCGACGAUCAUCACUGAGCAAGUCCAAGAUGGCGCCUCAGUCAACAAAAUUUGCCCUGAUCACAGGGUGCGGUGCCGGUGGCAUUGGAGAGGCCCUUAUCCUAGAAUACCAGCGCCGCGGCAUCCACCCUAUCGCCACACUCCUCCCCUUCGAGUCGAGCGAGCAUCUUGACAAAGCUGGCAUUACUUGGUUCAAACUGGAUGUUACCAACGAGGAGUCCGUUGUUCAGUUGAAGAAGGAUGUUUCUGAGCUGACCAAAGGCCGCUUGGAUUUCCUUGUUAACAAUGCCGGCAUUUGCUACACAAUGACAGCCAUUGACACGGAUGUCAAAUCUGUUCAACGCAUGUUUGAUGUCAACCUGUUUGGGCCCAUGCGAAUGGUGCAUCAUUUCCAUGAUAUGCUAAUCGCGUCCUCUGGCAUCAUUGUUAACAUCGGCUCCAUUGGCGGUGUUGUGCCGUUCGUUUAUGGCUCAUCCUACAACGCCUCCAAGGCAGCUUUCGCGCACUGGGGUAACAGUUUGCGCGUCGAGCUUGCACCGCUCGGCGUCAGAGUUCUCGUGAUCAUCUCCGGAGAAGUCGGUACCAACAUCCUAAAGAACGAUCACGGAAGGACCCUGCCCGAGGGGUCAUACUACUCUCCAAUGGCCGAAGAGUUCAAGAACCACGUCCACAGGACGCCCGAUGCUGCCACCGAUCGCUUUGUCUACGCCAAGAACGUCGUUGGCGAGUCCCUCAAAAAGUCCCCCACAACAUGGUUCUGGACAGGGAGCUACUCGGGCGUUAUUCGCUUUUUGCAUACCUUCUUCCCCAAGACAGUGUUCGAUCGCUGGUUCUCGAGCUUGUUUAACCUGGCUAAGCUGAAAGAAGCGCAUGAUGCGGCGAUGAAGAAGAAGGUGGCUUGAUUUUCAUCCUUCUCUUCCCCACCGGCAUUCGUGAGGAGUGGGAUAUUGGUAGUCAUGGUCUUUUACCAUGUGCUUGAUAAGGGAUUCGACAAUAGCUCGAAUGUACCAUUGCGCAAGGAUGAAGAUGUUCUAGAUCGUGCUUUGACUAUAUCGUUUAUCCCGCCUCAUGUUCAGUUCUGAUUGUCCAAGUUUCUGUUUCCAUUUUGUGCAUAUUCCCAGGCUUUUCUGGUGUUGGUCAAUAGAAGGGGCAUCAUUCUUUAUAUCCUCCCCCUUUUUAACGUACCGAUUUCUGAAGCUGCCAAUGUUUUUAUAUCCUGACCGUUCGGCAAGGGUAAAGGAGUUUUACGAUCCUGAGCCGGUUUUGGGGCCUGAG